UGCUCUGGGAUACACGGUGUAUACCAUGCACUAUCCCUUCUGCAAAUCCCACAAGGUCAGACACCUAUUCUGUGAGAUUUUUUCAUUGCUGAAGUUGGCCUGUGCAGACACCUCCAGAUAUGAACUCAUGGUUUAUGUGAUGGGUGCCACCUUCCUGAUUCCCCCUCUUAUUGCCAUUGUUGUUUCCUAUACAUUAAUUCUCUUCACUGUGCUACAGAUGCCCUCAAAUGAAGGGAGGAAGAAAGCACUUUUCACCUGCUCCUCUCAUCUGACUGUGGUGGGGAUGUAUUAUGGGGCAGCUACAAUCAUUUAUGUCCUACCCAGUUCCUUCCACAAUCCCAAACAGGACAAUAUCACCUCUGCUUUCUACACAAUUGUCACUCCAGCCCUAAAUCCUCUCAUUUACAGCCUGAGGAAUAAGGAUGUAAUGGGAUCUUUGAGGAGGGUCCUGGGAAAAUAUAUGGUGCAAACACACCCUAUCCUCUAA